AUGAAGACUACAUACCUACACCUUUAUCAGAAGGUGAUGUUUCUGAAGAUGAAGGCAGCAGUAAUGAGAGUACUGACUAUGAAAGCAGCAGGGAUGAAGACUCUGACAGCAAUCAUGAUGUACCCGCUAGCACCAGUGCUAGUGGUGCAAGAAGGGCCCUUCAGUUACCUGGAUGAUGUUCAAUUUAAAAUCAGCGACAAGUUUAAAACUCCUCCUAAAGUUGGUUUGCCAAUGGGAUUCAAACUGCAGGACUACCACAUUCUUUUGGCUGAAUGCGAGUAUGAUUUUACUCCAGCAAAGAGGAUUAUUGAGUGGGGAAAGGAGAUAGAGCAGAUGCGUCUAAGACAAGAGGAGGCUGAACUGGCAACCAGCACUAGAGACAGACAAGAAAAUGUACCAGAAGUAAAUCAAGAAGAUUGUACACAGAUUGAAACCAGUGGUCCUCCUCUCUCAGCAAUCCACCCAAUCUUGGCAGGUCUAAGGCACAAUGACAUCUUGACACCCCUUCCAGCACCGAGCAUUGCAGUAUCCAGGCAGAGAGAUCUUAGUCCACCACCUUCCCAUAACAGUACUUUCAACUUGGCAGAUUUUGAGUGUGAAGAGGACCCUUUUGACAAACUGGAAUUAAAGACCAUCAAUGAUAAGGAGGAACUUCGCAAUAUCUUACAAGUUGUUAGCAUUCCAGAAUCCACAGAAGUCACAGUCUCAGAUACCAAAUUUGACUCUUCCAAGUUCUCUCUAAUUCACAAACCCAAUGGUCUGAUCACACUUUUACAGUUAAAUAGUUCUGAGAGUAGCAAGUUGUCUCCUCUUGGCCCUGGUACUCCAUUUGCUGCUCUCCCUUGUAACAUACGCUCCCUUUCUUUUCCCAAGCUUUCUGACUCAGAGGAGCAUCCUUCUGCUUCCAUGGACAACAAAAAUCAAAAUAUAAUGUGUUCAUCUAGGAGCUCUGAGCGACCUGUUUCUCUGCCUAAUGGCUCUGCAUCUCGGCUGACUGCAGUCUUGAAGGACAAAUCAAAUGUGCAGACUUCUCGGCAUGGAUUCCCGGUUGACAAGAGUGGUACCUCUGCUACUAUCUUCCAUACAGGAGUGCUUCCUGAAUCUCUUUGCAAUAAACAGGUGAAACAACAUGCUCAGUCUGUUUCAUCCAAAACACAUUCUGCUGUCUCCUCAAACAGUGUGGAUGAUGUAUUGUCUGUGGGUGCUGUUCUGAAGGCCUUAUCACCAAGUGAGAGAGAGUGCGUGGAAACACUUGUUGGUAUGGGUUACCCUUCAGACAGUGUCAUAAGAGCUAUUCAGAAACAAGGACAAAAUGUGGAUGAGGUGUUGGACUAUCUUCUGGUGUAUGGACGAUUGUGUGAGAGAGGUUUUGAUGCAGGCUCUGUCGAGGAAUGUCUAGAUAGAUAUUCAUGUUCAGAGGAAAAAGCUUUGGAAUUUUUACAGCUGAUGUCAAAGUUUCAAGAAAUGGGCUUUGAGCAGAACAUGAUCAAGCAAGCGCUGAUAAUACAUGGCAGUAACCAGGAAAAAGCACUGGAGGAACUUGUGGCACGAGGUGGAGCAAGCUGAGAGUGCCCUACACCCUCUACUUCAUUUCAUUUGCUUGUUUUCUUUCAAAUAUUUAUGAUGGAAAAUUUUGUUAAAAGUGUUGGAAUAUAAGUUUGGGAUGAAGUCAAAAAGUUCUUACCAGUUUGGAAGUUUACUGAAGAAUGAAAACCGGUGAAGCAUUGGUCAGUGUAAUUGAUAAAUGUCCAAGAAUACGGCUGAAUUGGUAAACCCUGCUGUGCCUGCAGAAUGGAAUGUUACAAGAUACUCUUUAGCUAUUUACUUGCACGAGCUAGGAAUAAGCUGCGAUUUGAAGAAAAAAAAAACACCAAACACCUCCUAGAAGCAUGAGUGAAAAUAAGAAGUGCCCUUCUGUAAAUUUUGAAUUUUUUUUUUAAGGAGUGAGAAGACUUUUUUCAGAUUAUUUUUUUUUUUAUUUUGAAAGUAAAAUUGCUUUAACAGGAGUGCAUCCCUAGACUACUCCAUUUUUCAUGCUUGCACUGUCUAAGACUCUUAAGAUUUAUUAUUUUUGAACUAAACUUGCCAAUUGCCAGUUUCGAAAGACUAAAUGGUAGUAAAGGAUCCCAAUUUAGCAACAGCUUGGAGCAGGUCAGUAGUACAAUAGAAACUUCAAUAACUUAACAGGUGUACUUCUGCCUGGAAGACUAAACAACCUGUCUAUUGCCCCUCUUCCUGAAAAUUGCCAUAUUUAUUUGUGUGUCUUCUGAUUCAAAGAAUAUUUUUUUUUUAAUUCCCAUCAAUUCUGUUCUAGAUUCUCCCUGAAAUGGAUAGAAAGUUGAUUUAUGCUGAAAAUUUCACUGCUUUAAUUGUUAGUAAAAUUAGAAGUGUGAAGUGCCACAGAUUUUUAUAUCUCCUGUUAUAAGAAUAUUAUACAACUGAAUAUAAACUGGAUCAAAAGAAAUGUCUGAGUUGGUAUUCACAUGAACCUUGAUACUAGACUGUUGGCAUAAAAUUCAGAGAAUUUAUUGUGUAUCCCUUGGUCUUGUACUGUGAGAGCUGUUCCCUUUUUCAUCAUUACUGUUAUGUCAACUUCACUUAACACAGUAAUUCAUUGGAAGCCAAGAUUUAUUAAAGUACAUGGAUUCUGAGGUUUGACUACAUUUAAUCUAUAAAUAAUAACAAACCAACAAAAAUUUCUGUCACUUCUUGUAUUCAGAAUGUGAUGUUUAUUUUAGGUAUGCACAAUGUGAAAGAAACAUAGUCACACAUCUUUGAAGGUGUUUACAUCCUUUUUAUUUAAAAACUAUUAUGCUAACUAACAUAUCAAAAUCACAAAACAUUUGCAUGUGUAUAUGGGCUAUGAUGUCACUUGAUCUGAUAAACUGCUUUGAAUGUUAAUUCUGUAAGUUUAAUCACACCAAAAUUCUUGCAUUAACAUAAUAAAGAUAGUCCAGAUGAUUUUAAAUUCAGAAUAUGUAUUUAUGUACAUCUUGUCUCUGCUUAUUUUGCAGUGACACACUGUUCAGAAUUAAUAGUUGUGGCAAUCUCUGCACAACAAAUGUUUGGUGAAACCCUUUCAGUCUUAAGGUUUGAGAUGGCUAAAAGAAAAUUGUAAAAAAAAAAAAAAAUCUUAAGUAGUUUAUGCCAUAUUUCUUAGCCAAGUGAAUUUGAUACUGUUGAUUUACCAAUUUUCAGUAUAAGAUUAUUAAAAAAUUAUUUUUUAAAUGGACCACCUACCCUAUCUUUAGCAACGUUAAUGCUUAAUUACCACCUCUUUUGUUCAAGCAAUAAAAUUAUAAUGUAAUCAAUUUUAGCUUUAUAGCUUAAAAAAAUUAUAGACAAAAAGGUGUGGGUUAGUUUAAUUCUCCACAAAAUUAAAUUUACCUUGCUAAUUAAUUUUCAAAACUUUUUUACUCAGUUUAUUGAACAUGCAUUUGGCAGGUCUCUAAAAAGUCUUGAAAUCGUAAAAAAAAAAAGAUUGUGGUUUUACCAUUAAUAUAGGAAUCAAUACCAAAAUACAGUUUUAUUAAUAAAGAAUAAACUGUUCAAAUUGUAGAAAUGGCAUUGUUAGGAUUUGUAUUCUUUUCUGACAGUUGUAUAAAGCCAGUUGUAAGUAUGUUGAAUUUGUUAGAAGUCCAGCUAAACUAGAUAAUGUUGAUAUCCAGUUUAGACAGUAAUAGUAGAUGGAGGAUAACGAUUCACUGUCAUCUUCCAACAUCACUGUCAGUAAAAUUAUUGCCAUCAUAAUUGCUUAUUUAAACGUUAAUGAUCUUUUUGCCUAAACUGAGUGCAUUAAUAAUUAAAACGCUAAUUUGGAUUAUUUCAUUUUUAGUAAUUUCAGCUGGUGUUUCUUUCAUGACAUUCUGUUAGUUGGGUCAGUUAUUACAUCUGUUUAAAUUAUGCAUCAAGUUUCAAAUUUAGAUACUGUUUCUCUGCCUUUGAAAUAUUUUGUGAUUGAGAAAGCAUCUUGAUCCUUACAAAUUCCCCAAACUCUUUAAUUUUGAAGAAAUGCAUAAAAUUUAUUUUGAGUAUGCGUAGAAACAAAAAUAUAUUUUAACAGAUUUACAAAAAGUAUUUUUUUAGUUGCUUGUUUUAUCAAAAUAACUGGCAAUUUCAUAAUUUGAUGUUAUAUUGGCAUGAGAAUGCUUUACAUUUUUAUGUAAAUGAAGUCAGUUUUAAAAUGUCAAUUAUUAGAUAUACUAAAUGAAAAUAUAAAGUUGUUGAAUGGUUUUCAAAUUGUAACAUGACAAAUCUGUGGGUCACAUUAUCUUUAAAAUGUUUGUACUGGUUCUACCAAAAAUAACUCUUUUAACAUAUUUACAACAUAUUGUGAUCCUAUCCCUCUAAAACCAACAGCUGUGUCUCAUUGUUCAUAAUCAUACACUAAUUUCUUCAGGUGUUGCAGCCCAUUUCUAGGAAAAAGAAUUUUUUUUUAUUUGGUUUGGCUGUUAUGGUAACAGAUGAAAAGGAGCUGAUUUCCCUUUUUUGUUGAUCAGGUUUGAGCACUUUCUUUAGAUUUCUAUUUGAAUUUUUUUUUCUUUAAUUUAUUUCUGUUUUUUAGGGGUUUUUUUCUACUGAUUGAGUACUUUUGAAAAUUGUAAGAAUAUAUAGGAGUGCCCUAUCAAAUAUUAGUCUUCUAUUAUGUUAUUUGUGAAAUAAGGCAGUAAUGAUACUAUUCAAUAGGAUGAAAAUGCUUUUACUAUUGAUUUCUAAAUGCAAAAAAGGUACUAAUAAAAUCUGCAACAAAAACUGUAUCUGUAUUGUUUUGAGUUUGUAUUAUGGACCUGCAUUGUGUACUCUUUCUAUCAAUUGAUAGUUUGGGUUAUAAAUUGAACUUGAUUAAAUAGAAAAAGUAUGUUAAAAUCAA